AUGAAGACUACAUCUUGCGUUCUCUGCUCUUUGGUCGCGCUGGGCGCCCAUGCCGCGCCAAUUGUGCAAGUGCCACAAUUGGAAACCGUGACUGGAGCUGUCCGUCCGGUCCUGGACACUGUCUCCUCCGCGAAUGUUCCCGUUGUUGAAAAUGUCUCUGGUGUCCUCGGAAAGCGUCAGCUUGAUGCCGUUACAGGCCUAGUCAGCCCUCUCGUCGGCACAGUGUCAUCAGCCACUCGCCCCGUUACCGACACUCUCUCUGGCGCGCUAGGAAGACGUCAGCUCGAGGCUGUUGGUGGCGCGGUCAAGCCUGUUCUAAACACCGUUUCCGGUGCACUCGAAGGGGCCUCGCUCGACACUGUGACGGGCAACCCACUUGUUGGCACUGUUUCCGGUGUGCUCGAAAAGCGUCAGCUCGAGGCUGUCAAGGGCGCUGUCGAGCCUGUCGUGGAUACCAUCUCGAUCGUACUUGAACAGAACCCAAUCGAGUCCGUGACUGGCAACCCAGCUGUGGACCCAGUGGUAGAUUCCGUCUCUGGCUUGCUCGGAAAGCGUCAGCUUGAGGCUGUCAAUGGAGCUGUCAAGCCUGUCUUGGACACUGUUUCUGGAGCUCUCGAAGGCGCCUCACUCGAUGCUGUGACCGGCAACCCACUUGUUGGCUCUGUUUCCGGCGUGGUUGAAAAGCGCCAACUCGAUCAGGUCACCGAUUUGGUCGCUCCUCUUGCCGGCACAGUUGCCACAACUGCUGGACCUGUUGUCAAUGAGGCUGCUGCGCCUGUUCUGAGCACUGGUGGCCAGGUCGUCGGUACAGUGACUUCUGUCGUUCCUGGGAAACGCCAAGUGGAAGCUGUUAACGGACUCGUUGAUCCUGUCCUGGACACUGUCUCGUCGGCUGGCGGUCCAGUCUUCAAGGCUACUGGCCCUGUUCUUGACACCGUCUCUUCAGCUGGCGGCCCUGUCCUCGACACUGCUGGUUCCACUGUUGGUCAGCUUCCAGGAGUUCUUGGUGGACGCCUUCCUGCUGUGGGCGAGAUGCAUACCAUGGACGGCAAUGCAGGCGUUGCUAGCAAGCACUCCAUUGAUUCGAAUGACGUCGCAACUUCCGCAUCACUGUCAGCCUCCCCGUCCGAGCAAAGCACCACCUCAUCUGUUCCAACGAGUCCUGAAGGCCAGAAGGCUGCAACAUUCGGCCCUGUGUCGACUGAAGAGGGUGCAAUCGCCGCCCUGUCCGAGUUGGCAAAGCAAGCAUAA